UUAGGAUAUCAAUGCAAGCCUGAAUAAGAAUUUCUCCUUCCUAAGCCAUGGCAUAUCAGUUGUACAGAAAUACCACUUUGGGAAACAGUCUUCAGGAGAGCCUCGAUGAGCUUAUACAGUCUCAACAGAUUACCCCCCAGCUUGCCCUUCAAGUUCUACUUCAGUUUGAUAAGGCUAUAAAUUCAGCAUUGGCACAGAGAGUCAGGAACAGAGUCAAUUUCAGGGGCUCUCUAAAUACAUACAGAUUCUGCGAUAAUGUGUGGACCUUUGUAUUGAAUGAUGUUGAAUUCAGAGAGGUGACAGAACUUAUUAAAGUGGAUAAAGUGAAAAUCGUAGCCUGUGAUGGUAAAAAUACUGGCUCCAAUACUACGGAAUGAACAACAAAAAAAAAAAUGGCUUUUUAAUGCCAUCCUGUUAUUGUUCACCGCUUUUUGAAGAGAAGCAUAGAAGAGACUUUCUUUUAAUUUAUUCUAGCAUUGCAGAAAUGACUACACUGUGCUGUACUAUCAGAGAAUUCCAGUAGAAAGAAGCUUAAUAACUCUGUACCCUCUUACAUUACCUUUAUUAUACAGCAUGAAGAAACAACUUUUUUUAAUGACAAAUCAAACACUGUUGCCUUCCUAAGACCAUUCGUUAAUAAAUUCAUUUUAAAACUCAA